AAAACACCCGAACACCACUCUCCACAUAGGGGCAGAGUGCCAAAGGACGCUGAUACGCUGAUGCAGUACAACUCAGACUGUGUGUGUUGUUGAAACUCAGCCUUCCAAUAGCAACUAUGAAUCAGAAGGACAUCGAUCAGAUCGUGGAGUUUGGCUUCUCAAGGGAACAGGCAAUUGAGGCACUCAGUCAAUCAAACGGUGAUAUCAACAGCGCUAUUGACUUCCUGUUCAGAGACACUGAUCCUGUUGCUGAGAGCUAUGGUGAUAGCUCGAAUGGUGAUGCGAAGGGCGUGACAUCUGCGCCAAUAGAGUCUGGUGUUAUAGACGACAUUAUCAAACAACAACAUAGUACUAGUGAGGAGCAGUACUCAGCGCCGCCAUUGCCACCAAGGAGCCACGCCUCUGUGCACGUUGAAGAUAUCAGGGACAAUGACAGCGAUGUAAACGAUGACGAUGUUUCUGUAUUCGAAGAUCUGGAACACUCUUCUCUACCCCAUGAGGAAGUUGAGGGAAGGGUGCCGUACAAUGUUUACGAUGACGUGCGAGCCUAUACUCGCAAAGCUGAUGAGGUCCCGGUUAUAAUGCCAACGUCUAACGGCUAUUACGAAAGCUACUUGGCUGCUUUACUCAUGAUCUUGCACGCAGUGCCUGGGAUCAAGCGUGCAGUGUUCCGCCAUGAGUUCAAAGACCUUGGCUAUAGCCCACGUUGGUUUAAAGGUGAAGUUGUGGAAUUACCUGCCGAGAUAACUGAGGUUGAGGUUGAUGGUGAGAAACACGAUUUGAGGUUUUUGGCUGAGGUACAGCGUAUCUUUACGUUCUUGGAUGAUUCGGCCAAUAGAUCAUUCACGUCGCUGGCCGGUCUUAUAAAGGCAUUACCAAAGUCUGCACUUGGACAGUUUGGGUAUGUUGAUAACCUAUCAGACGCCUAUGAGAUCUUGUAUAAGGCACUGUCUGAGCAACUUACAUGGGCCGGUGUUGCAAACGCACAGAGCUUGUUCGCCAAUACGCUCUUGAGAAAUGGUGAGCUCUACACGUUUGGCAUGUUUCAUAUCGAGGCUGAGGAUUUGAGCAGAACACUUUAUAAAUCGUUGAACGAACUCAUAUGGAACGAUUCCGUCGAGUCCAGUGACUGCAUAAACUCAUUAGCAGACACAAUUAUGAUCACAGUGGAUCCAUGUACAGAUGAUAUGUUUGUUCCACCUGGCUUGGAACUGUUUGAGGAGCUGUACCCUCAGAUCUAUACAAAUGACUUCAAAAACACGGUGCUAAGUAUUGAGAAGAAGCACGAAGAAUUGGAGAAGGAGAGAGCAAGCAUUAACUCUGAACUGUUGAAGCUCAAGACCCACAAAGGUAUGCAUAUCCAAUCUGUGUUGGAUCAUUCCUUGGAGUUUCUCCAAGAUGAGAGUGGAAAUGGCGAAUACCAAGAUCUGAAGAUUGCAGACGUUCUUGACGAUGUUCGACAGCUGAGCCUCACAGUGCAAGAAAGAAAGGAGUCUCUUGCUGAAAGAAGUAGCCAAUUGAUCGACGAAAGACGGGCGAUGUCAAUUACAAACGUUGACACGAUAAUUGAGAAGUACAUGGAGGAUGACAAGCACGAGAAGCCAGAACCUUACCUUCUCACAGGGGUCAUAUUACGUGGUAACAUUUACUGCUGUGCUACAAAGACUGAAGAUGGUGUAUUGCAAUGGAGAUAUGUUGAACAUACACCAUGUGACAGUCCAGAUACGAGAUUUGAGACUGAUGAGACACAAUUCGAUGAUAUCAAACAGGUGGUGUAUUCAAAGACACGUAACGUCUGGAACGAUCCUCUUGUUCUUGUCUUUGUAAAGCGAAGUGCGAUAUUUGAUUCCACCCCAAUUCAAUUGCCAAAUAGCAGCUUGGAAUUCCUCAAAUUGGAUAACGAUGAAUUGGAUAAGAGUAUAGAAUGGAACUCAGAUACAGAUUAUAUGGAUUCCAGCAGUGAUGAGGGGGGAGAUGAUGACGAACCACAACCACAAGAGGAUAAGCAGCAGAACGAUCAGCCGUUGAUUGAUUUGACAGAUAAAUAAGGCCAAAAAUUCUAUAUCUUGCCCUUUUGCAGAGUUUGUAGAUCA